GGGCAGAGGUUCGCGAAUCGCAGGCGCCGCGCACGGCCGCGGUGAUUCAGCAGGGAACUGCGCGCAGCCGGCGGCUCAGAGCGCGUCGCGACGGCGGCCCCGACGCACCGCACCUCUGCACUCCACGCCGACAGCGCCUGCUCUCCGAGCUUCAGACCAGAAGGCGGCCGCGAUGCUGGGCGUGACGUUGGUGCUGGCGUGCUGCGCUCUCGUGGCGCUGUUGCUGCUGUACGGCUGGCGCCAGUCGUACUGGCGCGACCGCGGCGUGGCGUGCCCGCCGGGCUGGCCGCUGCUGGGCCACGUGGCCAACCUACUGCUACUGCGCCGCUCGCCGGGACAGUUCCUGCGCGACCUGUACUGCGCCGCGCCCGGCGAGCCCCUCGUCGGCUUCUACAUCUUCGGCAGGCCCGCCGUGCUGAUCCGGUCGCCGGAGCUGCUGCGCUCUGUGCUGGUGAAGGACUUCGCCACAUUUGCGGACCGCUACAACACCAGCGAUGAGCAGUCCGACCCCCUGGGCACCAGGAACCUCUUCGUCAUCAAGGGUCCCGAGUGGAAGUUCCUGCGGGCGAAGCUGUCGCCGACAUUCACGUCGGGCAAGAUGCGCGCCAUGUUCCCGCUGGUGGUGAGCUGCGACCAGCAGAUGCUCCACUACCUGCGCUCAAAGCUGUCCGCCCAGGGCACCGUCGAGCUGGACAUCAAGGAGGUGACAGCCCGCUGCACUACGGACGUGAUCAACAGCUGCGCUUUCGGAAUCUCCAGCAACUCGGUGGGCAACCCGGACGCAGAGUUCCGCGAGCUCGGCAAGAAGACCUUCGAAUACGGCAUUCACAGGUCGCUCGAGGUGCUGGUGUUCUUCUUCACGCCGUACCUGUCCCGCCUGCUGCGCUGCGUGUACCUGCAGAAGGAGACCAACGAGUUCCUGCGGCGCGUCUUCUGGGAGACGCUGACGGCCCGCGAGAAGGGCACGGCCGCGGGCGCGCCGCUGCGCAACGACCUCGUCGACCACCUGAUCCAGCUCAAGAACCAGGGCUCCAUACAGCGCGACGCCGACGACGCCCCGGACGACGGCGACGCCGCACUGGCGCUGCCUGUCAGCGACGCGGACGAAGACGUCCUCAGGACGAAGUUCGAUUUCUCGGGUGACGACCUGCUGGCGCAGGCGGCCAUCUUCUUCGUGGCGGGCUUCGAGACGUCGUCGUCGACGAUGACGUUCUGCCUGUACGAGCUGGCGCUGCAGCCGGACCUGCAGACGCGCCUGCGCAACGAGAUCCGAGACCACCUGCAGCGCGCCGGCGGCCGCUUCUCCUACAGCAUGAUCCACGACAUGCGCUACCUCGACAUGGUCAUCUCCGAGACGCUGCGCAAGUACCCGACGCUGCCGUUCCUGGACCGCACGUGCCUGCGCGACUACGCGGUCCCCGGCCGGCCGCGCUGCGUCAUCGAGCGCGGCACGCCCGUCUACGUGUCGCUGCUGGGCCUGCACACCGACCCCCAGUACUUCCCGCAGCCGCACGUCUUCGACCCCGAGCGCUUCAGCGACAAGUCCACCAUCAACCCCUUCACCUACAUGCCCUUCGGCAACGGGCCACACAACUGCAUCGGAAUGCGAUUCGGGCUGAUGUCAGCGAAGGCUGGUGUUGCACAUGUGCUGUCACAGUUUGAGGUGUCUGUGGCAGCAGAUACACCAGUGCCACUCCCAAUGGCAACCCGCGGCAUUGUUGCCUCGACCGUGGGUGGCGUGCCACUCAGGUUCCGGAGUGAUCCACUGGUGGAGCUAGCAUGCUCUGUCUGACAUUGUCAAAGAUGCUAUCAGUCACUUGCAAAUGUAUUCAUUUGUUACUUAUCUGGCAAUAAAUACCAUUUACUGAUA